GAGACAGACAAAUAGACACACAAACAGCAGUUCACAUGUUGUUGCAGAGAACAACCCUGCGAACUGGAGGGAGAAAAAGAGGAGACGAUUGUGACAGACUGUUUCCUCCGACUUUCAUCAGGUAAGUAAUCCAUUAAGUACCGACAGUCAGAAGACUCAGAACUAGCGUUCAAAUUUAGAGAAGCAAAAUGGUGUACGCAGCUUCUCCUUGGCUUAAGCGCCAGGUGGAUGUUUACAUUCUUCUGGAGACGGUCGAGGCUGGUAUGGGCUGGCUCCUGCUCAGCGUGUUGACGAUAGGCGUUGGGGCUCUGGGACAGUUCAUGACAGCAUGGAUUUUCUGGACAGGCGUGGCUAUGUCCGUCCUUGAGGGCAGCUCCAAGUAUCUCCGAGGACGCAUCCAUCGCUUCUUUUUCCAUGUCAUGUCAUGCUGCCAAGUGUCAACAGCUCAGGGCACUUCAUACCGAUACAAGCUGGGAACUUGCAGAAUGCUUGGCGGUCGAUUUCGAGUCACGUUCGCGUAUGUUCUUAUAAUCGCCAUUGUUCGGCUCUUGGUUAUGGGUUUGCAACUGGGCUUUGGGAUUCACAUGCACACUCGAAUCCACGAUUUCAAGAAGAAUCCGGAUUUCGACGAAGACAUGGGGAACAAGCGUGUGGUUGAGAGCAUCCACUGCACGUUUUACUUUCUUGUUCUUCACUCAGCGAUGGUGGUGGUGCUUAAAUUCUUCUCGUUUUUCAAGGCGUUAUUGUGCCCAUUAGUUUCCUGGAUAUGUGGUACAUGUUGGAAGCAUUGCUGUUUUUGUGGAGGUUGUUGGAAGGGUGGUUGCUGUGGGAGGACCUACUGCCGGGGUGAGGACGACUGUUCGUCGUUGACCAGGGGCCCUUUGAUGGAGCGUGUGGGUCGCACGCAGAGAGCGAUGGAGAUGGGCGUGACUUGGUACGUGCAUCGGCAUCGGCACCGGUACUUCACUGCGGUCGAGGCGCAGGCCAACGAACAGGAAUGCGGACUUCAGGGCUACUGGUUUCUGUCGGUGAAGGAUCUGGUAAAGCAGGUGGGGGACCACUUGGCUGACCUGGCAGAUGAGAAUAGGUACGCGGCGUCGAAGAGGAGAGGAAGAAAGGUCGGGAAGGAGCUGACUAUGGCAUUGGAGUCUCUUCUGGAGCUGUCCAGAGAGCAGACGGCGUGCGACUGUGGCGAUGAUAGCUCGACGAGACGGCCAGCUACCUCACGGACUUGCCUCAGACUAGUCGUUGCAGGCACGACGUGGACGCGUGUGCUGAAUUCUUGCCCGGAGGACUCAGACGACGUACACCUGGCAGCCUCCAUCUUGUCAGGCUUUGCUGCAAGUCUUUCAGUUCUCACCUGGCAACCUGGCCAGUCGCAGGAGAUCGUACAAAUGCUGGAGCACGAAGACUUCAGGUGUUGUACGAGGCAAGUGCUCUGGCGCUUGGGUAAGUUGAUGCAGCGCACACUCAGGGCACCAGCAGGUAGCGCACAGUGCCAAGCCUCUAUGAUAGCACCACAUGCAGGCAGCGCACAAGGGAACGGCAUCUUAAAUGGUGAGGACGAGCUUAAGAAGCACACGCGUAUGCUUAGUAAUGCCUUCACCACCUUUUGUUCUCUCGGAUGGUUCCUGGACGGGCAGUUCCCUCCAAUUCAAGCCGUCUCUGAUGGAUGGUUUCAGUGGUUGCAGACUGUAUGGGGGGCACUAACGGAUGGCAGUGAUGGCAUCAUUUUGAAGACCCUACUGGACUGUGCGAGCCGUCCGUCGGACUUCCCGCGCAAGGUGGUGGCUGACUCCAUGAGGACCCUCUUCUCCCUCUUCUCCCGCAGGAUGAUCUAUUGGCACCGGUUCGAUAUGCGGCACGCGGAGCUGCCUGAGCCUUUCAUCCACAUCAGCUCUGUCAAAGCCUCAGCAAAUCUGCGAGAAGGACUGGAAAGCCUGGUUGUCCGGUGCUGCGAUGAGGAUGAUCCAUUAUUUUCGGUGUCCGUUUUCUCCAAGCUGCAGCUAGCAAAGAUGGCCAUCUCUCAAGACAUAAGGGAUAAUGACGAGAAGGUGGUCCAGGUGCUGUUGUUGUGCUUGAGUUAUUGGAGGAGAGCACUGGGUGCCAAGGAGCUCGAUUGGCUGGCGUGCGAAACUGUGGAGAUGCUCAGAGAUGUAGUGAGCAGUUCUCACAAUCCAGCGGAAAUCGGGAGGUUCAUUGCGGACUCGCCUGGGGGGCUUGAAUGCCUCACUCUGAUGCUCCAACCUCGAUUCCCUAGGAUUGCCGCUAUUCGAAUCGACACCGAGCAAGACACCUCUGACGCACCGGUGGCGCCUUUGUCUGGGGACGGACGUAGGGCUCCCUCCGCCGAGGGUCAGGUCAUCGCAGCUAGCUCCUCCUCCAGCGCCUCCAAGGGGGCAUGCAGGAAUUUGUUCAGGCGUGUCACCGACGCGAGUUGGGCCGGUGAUGAGCAGGUUUCCAUUCGGUACUCAGCCCCUGCUGCAGGGCUACUGCAAGACAUCAUCACCACCACUAGCGGAGGCGAUAGGGAGACAAGAGACUUGCUCAAUCAGAACUUCUCGGCAUUCCUUUUCAGUCUAAUGCAGGUGCUGAUGAAUCUCACCAAUGUCAAAACACAAGGUCAGAGAUCAGCGGAAGCACAAAGGUGUUGCUGUGGCAGCGCCGGAACGGGCAAACCCGGCAAAGGUUGUGCACCGAGGUGGUGUCAGCAUUUUUUAGCCCGCAUCGUGCUGCUCUUUCUCGAGUCUCUGGGUCAUCCAGCCUGGCACCCGCCUUGUCCAUGGCUGGAGACAAUAAGCAGUGUUUCUGAGGGGGAACAGGACAACCAGAUGGAGCACUUGGAGCAGAACGUGAAUAUCCUUCUUGGAGCGAGAAACGCGUUGCGUUUGUUGAAUCAUCUCAUCGAUUCUCGCUGGGAGAAGCUCAGCGAGGAGGAACUCGACUUGCUUAGGGAUAGAUUGGUUCCGUUGUGUCAGGUCCCAGCUCCUCAGCUGCAUUUAGUUCUCACACUUCCAGAUUGGAACGUGGAGAUCAAGAACACAAUUACUAGGUUGCUUGAGGACAUUAAUUCUUGUAUACAGGAUGACAAUGGCGACCAGCUUUCUCACAAUAGGCGACAAAAAGGGAAAGGGAGGGGGAGGGGAAAAUUGUUGCCUGUCGAUGGUGAUCAAACUCGCAAGAGUCGCAGCAUGGAGCUGGCCACGAAGCAGAACGUGAGCAGCGCAGAAGAUACCAACCAGGGUGAUGCGGCGGAUGCAGCCCCUUCCGGCAGGCCCAGUCUAUCGACGGAUGGGAUUGACAAGUCUAUGCAGCAGGCGUCCAGUAGUGGGGACGCACGUGAUGCUGGCCCUUAUGAUGAAAACACAAGUGCUCAGCAAAGUCAGCACGGAGGGGAAUUGGGAUCUGGAUCUACGAGUGCCCAGCAUUCCCAAGAGACAUCAGACUCCACUUCAGGAGUGCCUAGUACGGAAAGCAGCACUCACGAUGCAUCUCAAGCCAGACGAGAGAGCGGAAGCGCACAGGAUAACAGCUGUCUAACGAGGCUAUCUCCUGUCGUGAGCGGCCAAGCAGACACCAGCGAUCCGGGAGACGAGAACGGGAAGCGCUUGCCUUUGCUUGCAUGAUGGAUUGAGGUGUCUUCAUCUGACUCAGUCUGACUGACCAGCAUAUCCGGUGAUUAAGCUG